AUGAGUUUUCCCGUAAGAGAGUUGGAAGAGAUUUCCAGGAAGGUAGCCGAGAAAGUGAUCGGCGAGGAUAUCGAUUGCGUGGAUGCUGAAGCCAGCGGAUCAACGAGAGUUAUCACCGACGAAGGUCCAUCCGAUUCCGAUAGUGAAACAUUCGGGUCACCUACAGAAGUGCGACGAGACAGUUUUGAAGAAUUUUUGAAAAAGGAUCCACGAUAUAAAGUAAAAUCCAACGAGACAAAGACUGAAAAUAAGAUGGCUGAUGAAACACUAAAACAAUUGAUCGUUGCGUUGAAGGUUUUAGGUGUGCGGAAUGCUGAGCGACGAUUCGAUAUCCGUGAUGUCAAAGACAUUGUUGUAGUCUUCGAUCCCGAUGUACCUACUACUCCUACGGCGGAGCAAUGGAUCGAGACAAUCGAUAAGGCAGCUGCUCUGUACAAGGCAGAUGACGAUUGGAAACUGCAAUGCGGCAUAAUAAAUUUGCAAGGUGCUGCUAAACUCUGGUUUAGUGGUGUCGAUGUGAAAACAUGGCAAGAGUUCAAGACGAAUCUGGUGCGUGAUUUUCCGACUUCAGUAGAUAUGGUCAGCAUUCAUCAGGCAAUGAUGGGCCGAAAAAAGUUGCCCAGUGAAAGUUUGGAAACGUACUUCUAUAGCCAAGUAGCGAUGGGAAAAAAAGGAAAAUUACCGGACGAAGCAAUUAUUAAAUAUAUCGUGUCGGGUUUGGAAGGUCGUUACGGGACGAUUGCGCAGGUUGAAUGUUUGCCUGAUUUGUUGAAACAACUCAAGUGGUUGGUGGAACUAAAGGACCUGAAGGUGGCCGAAAGCAACCCUCGUGCCACGUCAUCGAGAUCCCCUAGAUCGACGGGAGCAAUCAGUAUGAAAUGCUAUCGUUGCGGUACUAUGGGAUACGUAGCUGCAACCUGUAAUGAAAAAAGUAAUACUAAAAUGCAAAAUGUUGAAUGCUUUCGCUGCAAUCAUAAGGGACAUAUCGCGAAAAACUGUAGCAAGUUCAUACAGAAGGAAAAUGUCAGGGUCAUGCAAGAGGUCAGCCAGCAAAGUAAUUUUGUUAAAGAAGUGCGUGUGGGUGACUGCAAAUUAGAAGCACUGUACGAUUGUGGAUCUGCUGCUACCACUAUAAAACAAAGUUACAGACGUGCGUUGGGUAACAUUGAACGAUGUGAUAUGAUGCUGGUCGGAUUCGGUGGUAAUAAAGUAAGCGUUACUGAAAAAAGCAACGAAGUAAUAACCGUCGAUGGAUUGAAUUUGGAAUCGACGGUAUACGUAGUGAAUUACGUACAAGCUAAUGCAGUAAUCAUCGGACGAGAUAUUAUUGAUCGAGAGGAUAUACGAUUCAUCAAAGAAAGAGGUAGUGCCAGAAUUGAAAUGAUUUCUAAUGAAUGUGUUGGUGAAGAUGUGGAUGCUGUUGGCGGUCAGGGAGAUGUUUACAAGGUUCGAGCCUUUGAGCCAAUUGAAGCGACAGGAAUCAACGUAGAAGGAGAAUACGAACGAGGAAGAAUUUUACAAGUGGUGCAACAAUACCGACAGUGUUUUGCUAAAAAUUACCAUGAAAUGGGAACGGCAAAGGACUGUGAGAUGACGAUCGAGAUGUUCAGUUUGGAUAAGCCAGUGUAUACAAAGCAGUAUCCUCUAGAAUAUGCCCGAGAGAAAGUUAUCGAAAAAACAGUGAAUGAAUUGUUGGAAGCUAACAUUAUUCAACCUUCGAAGUCACCUUAUAAUAGUCCGACAGUGCUUGUGCGGAAAAAGAACGGCGAAUGGCGAAUGGUAGUGGAUUAUAGGGCUGUAAACGCGAAAACGGUAAAAGAUAAAUGGCCGAUGCCUGUGAUUGAAGAUUGUCUAAACAGACUGGUUGGAGGAUGA